CUGGAUACAGUGCCUAACAUUAGCAAACGGCAAGGAGGAAGGAGCAAGAGCUAACCUGUAAAGUUUUUAACAAGUUUUGUUCACAGAAAUGCAGAAAUAUCCCGAGGAGCCGAGAAACGAAUACCUUUCAGGUCAGUGUACCGCCUUCAGGUAGCUGGGUGUGGAAUGAAGAAGCUCGAACAGUGGAGUUUGUCAGUUCUAGUCCAGCAGAGGAGGGUGUUUUAAGGAAAAGGAGGCAAACCAAUGUCAAUUUCAACGAUCUUCAGCAGCGGUCAGAGUGGUAGGCCUGGGUCACCAAGCAGCUUUCAAAAGUUGGCUGAGAUCUGUACGUUGAACCAUAGAGGGCACCAAAGCAUUAGAAAGAGCCUGAGCCCUGCUCAUCUAAAUGCUUACAGGUCCUCAGUGAUGAAGAGGCGAGGGGACCGCAUCACCACUGAUGAUGUUAAACAGGUGGCUGUCAGUUUGCUACAGGAGAAUUAUUCACUUCCCAUUCCAUUCUGUUUCUUGGCUGUAUUGAAGAGUAAAGAGCUUGAUGAAGUCCUGACUACGCUUCUCCUGUACCUGUCUUGUUUCUUUGAAUACAAGUCUCUGGAGAAUAAACCUAAGCCUUUAAUGGCUGUAGACAUCAUCACAGAGCACCAGAUGAUGGCGGAGGCUUUGGCCAAAAAGGAGAUGGCUCAAAAGAAGCUGGCUGUCUGCUACUUCAGCCUAAUCAUGGACCUGGAGAUAGAACAGCAUCAACACACGUCAUAUCACAAGGGCCAGAUGUCGUCAAACAGUACAGAAUGGCUGCUACAUGCGUGCUUGUACAGCUUCUUCUGCUAUGUGUCCUGGGUGACGUUUGGCAGGAAGGACCUGAGGGACAUCCAAGAGGAGGUGGGGCGUCUUUUGUACUCUGACACCUUCAACACGGCAGUGAAGAACAGGACUGACAGAGACUCAGGAAUCACCUUCGCUUCUGUUAAUGGUUUAGCAAAGACGGGAGAAGCUGACCUCCAGGAGACGGGAUGUAUUAGCACAUUCAAGCACAGAACGUCCCACAGGCAUCCGGCCCUCAGCAGUAUAGUUAAUCAGCGAUCCCCACUGAUGGUGUGUCUGCUGCCCACACCCAGAGAACGGUCACCCCAUCUGUUCCUCAGCAGCCGGGCCAGGAGGCAGAGCCCACUGCAGGUCGAGCACUGUGACACCAAGGCCCUGAUGGAGGAGCUCAACCAGCAGCUGGCCAGUGUCAGCUUUGGGAUUCUUGGCAAGCCAUUGAGACAGUUCAGCCGCAGUACCCUGAUACCGUGUGGAGAACAGAAAAACAACAGAGAUGAGGAUAGCGACCAUGAACCAGGGAGUGAUGUUAAUAACAACAGUGAGGAGCAUCCUGUCGUCCACGUUCGAGGUAGCAGGUCAUCCUUCAUGGGUCCUAAGUCGACAGGCCUUGCCAGAUAUGGCAGCACCACCCACAUAAACACUAGAAACUCUGCAGCCACCAUAGAGGCAGUGACCUCAAACACUGAAUGACUUGUAUGUGUGAAAGUGGCAGAAUGUUUUGAGUGUGAGUGUGCAUUUUCAUUGGCGUAACACAGAUAUCGCAUGAUUUACAAAUGCAUUCCUCAGCACAGCCAACAGGGUCAAAAACAGAGAGGAAAGACAACAGAUUUUUGUUCUUCUUUGCUCAUGUGUGGCUCAUUUUCAAAAGCACCUCCCUGGACGGUCAUCACACACAUUAUACUGUAUUGCUUCUGAAUUUAAAUCAGUGUCUUAUUUACCAGCUGGUGGUGCUGUUGAAUAAAAUAUAAUAAUAACAA